ACAAUCUCCCCGACGACAUUUUGCAAACUUUAAGACAAGGGAAAGUAGAACCUUCAACGUUCGCUGAAAAAAUUUUCAAAGAUGCGAGAAAUUGUUCAUCUUCAGGCUGGCCAGUGCGGUAACCAAAUCGGAGCUAAGUUCUGGGAGGUAAUCUCGGAUGAGCACGGCAUUGAUCCAACUGGCACUUACCACGGUGAUUCCGACCUCCAGUUGGAAAGGAUCAACGUUUAUUAUAAUGAAGCUACAGGUGGAAAGUAUGUUCCCAGAGCCUGUCUUGUCGAUUUGGAACCUGGUACGAUGGAUUCCGUCCGUUCAGGUCCCUUUGGACAAAUCUUCAGGCCAGACAACUUCGUCUUCGGUCAAAGCGGAGCUGGAAAUAACUGGGCUAAAGGACACUACACCGAAGGAGCCGAAUUGGUAGACUCUGUACUCGAUGUGGUUCGCAAAGAAGCAGAAGGCUGUGACUGUCUGCAAGGUUUUCAACUCACACACUCGCUUGGCGGCGGAACCGGCUCGGGUAUGGGAACUCUUCUUAUUUCGAAGAUCAGAGAAGAAUAUCCAGACAGAAUCAUGAACACAUUCAGCGUCGUGCCAUCACCAAAAGUAUCAGACACCGUUGUGGAGCCUUACAACGCCACACUGUCCGUCCAUCAGUUGGUUGAGAACACCGAUGAAACAUACUGCAUCGACAAUGAAGCACUCUACGAUAUCUGCUUCAGAACUCUGAAGCUUACCACACCAACCUAUGGUGACUUGAACCACCUUGUAUCAGCUACCAUGAGCGGUGUAACAACUUGCCUUCGAUUCCCUGGCCAGUUGAAUGCUGAUCUCAGGAAGUUGGCAGUGAACAUGGUUCCUUUCCCGCGUCUUCACUUCUUCAUGCCUGGAUUUGCUCCUCUCACCAGCAGAGGAUCCCAGCAGUACCGUGCACUCACAGUACCAGAACUUACCCAGCAGAUGUUUGACGCCAAGAACAUGAUGGCUGCUUGUGACCCAAGGCAUGGACGUUACCUAACUGUGGCAACAAUGUUCCGUGGCCGUAUGUCCAUGAAGGAAGUUGAUGAGCAGAUGUUGAACGUUCAGAACAAGAACAGCUCCUACUUUGUGGAAUGGAUCCCCAACAACGUGAAGACCGCUGUCUGUGAUAUCCCUCCCCGUGGACUGAAAAUGUCCUCUACCUUCAUCGGAAACAGCACAGCCAUCCAGGAACUGUUCAAGCGAAUUAGCGAACAGUUUACCGCUAUGUUCAGGCGUAAAGCUUUCUUGCAUUGGUACACUGGAGAGGGUAUGGAUGAGAUGGAGUUCACUGAGGCUGAAUCCAACAUGAACGAUCUUGUUUCUGAGUACCAACAGUACCAGGAUGCCACAGCAGAAGACGAAGGAGAGUUUGACGAGGAGGAAGAGGCUGGAGAUGAAGAUGCUGCAUAAACUGUGUGAAGACAUAAAGUAACAAUUCGCAGGAAACACAUGAACUUUUUCUUAUCUAGAAAGUAAACAGGAUGUUCUAACUGCUUACUUCGUUUCAGUAGAACCACUGGUUUUGUUCUAUCAAAUAACUAAACUUGAAAACCUCUCUUCAGCUUUUUUUUUUUUUUUUUCAUAAAAUGUAGAUAGAACCUUGAAACACUCUGAAAAUUUGAUUCCGUAGUAACAGAAUUUAAACUGGUCUUUCCGUAUUUUAAAUUGUGAACGGUUUUUGGUCAAUAAAGACAACAAAUUCCUGCAACAUAA